CCAGUGGGACAGAGGACUGCGGCUCCUUUAAGGGAAGUCUGCGGUUACUAAGGACGCUUGAAGGGGCGGGCCUUUCUCCCGGAAGUGAGCGGCAGCUGCUCCUCGCGCGCGCACUCCGGGCCUGAAGGAUGGAGGACGAGUUGGAGUUGGACGAGGAGGUCUGCAAGGGGGUAGUAAAGAUGGGUCGACGAGCUCACCAAGAUUACUUCCAAGAGGAAAAUCACCUUAGCCAGUCAAACUCCCCAGCUACAGAGCGCCCUUCAUCUAAACCUCAUAUCCGGGAAGGAGUGUGGUCUGGCUUGGUUGGUGUGAGUGCUUCCAAGUCAAAAAAGAAACCUGCAGAACAAGAAGUUGAAGAUCACCGCUUGAGGCAGCAGAGCUCAGAGGCAACAGAUGAUGGUCGAGAUAUUCCAGUGAUCCCUGACUUGGAAGAGGUUCAAGAGGAAGACUUUGCCAUGCAGGUGGCAGCACCACCCAGUGUUCAAGUGAACAGAGUACUGACCUACCGUGACCUUGACAAUGACCUUAUGAAAUAUGCUGCUUUCCAAACCUUGGAUGGAGAGAUUGACCUGAAGCUGCUCAGUAAAGUUUUAGCUCCAGAGCAGGAAGUACGAGAGGAUGAUGUCAGCUGGGACUGGAACCAUCUCUACACAGAGGUUGCCUCUGAGCUUCUAAGCGAGUGGGACUCCGGGCAGUCUGAGAAGGAGGAAGGCCUCACGCCAAAUAAGAACACUUGAGCUUCGGCAUAGCUGUCGACCACACAAACACAACUGUAGAUUAUUAAUACACUAUUUUUUUAAGAUAGGGCUUGUAUCUGAAGACUUACUUUUGAUCCACAUAAUAAAGCAAACAGUAGCUUUCUUAGAAGACUAUUUUAAUAGAACUCAAAGUUGUACAAAGAAGGAAGCGACAAUAUGGAAGUAUACAGUAUAGGUAAAAAAGCUGCCCCACAUAUCACACUCCUUCCUGACCUUUCGUUGUACACUGAAAUACAAACUUGGAAUAGAGAUUUCCUAUUUUGAACCCAAUUCGAAGCCCAGGCCCUGGUUGAUCUUGCUGCUUGCCUACCUGCUCUCCCAAGGUCAGAGUGACUGAGUUCCCUCUUGUUUGUACUAGUGACAUCUCCUCUAAUAGCAAACUUAAUUGGUCCCAUAGUUGGAACUCCAUCAGAUGAGUGUUUUAUUGUAUGCUUGUGGCUGGUCACUCACAGAUUUUCACGGGUCCCUCUCACGAAGUCAUCUGCCCCCGCAUGCAUCCCACCCCUUCUGGCCUUCCUUGCGCCACAAAAAAAACCACCCAGAAAGUCCGAUAUAUUUUCUCCACAUGAAAUAAAAGCGGCCUUCUAUCCCAUGUA